GAAAUUAUAAAAAAAAUUCUUAGUUAUUUUGAUAUUUAUUUCUAGAAAAAAAUAAGGAAUAUAUGCAAAUUUGUUCGGGUACUGGGUAUUGUUCGGGUAUCGGGCCGUUCCCUUUAUCUUAUUUACCGUUGACCAAGCGCCUCGCCGCGCGCUUGUAUAUCUGCGCGCAAGAAAUGGGCUGUGGACUCCUUAAAACUUCAAAUUUUGUUCUGUAACUUUGGGAAUAUAUUUUCUACAUGGAUUACUAUUGAUUAAAGCAAAACAAAAUUUUUCAAUUUUUUUAACUGGUUACACGAGGCUCCCCCCUUAAUACGCGAGAACACGAAACAAAGUCAUAAAAAGACGACGACACAUACGCGGUAAGACUUAAUAGUCAAAUUCGAGUCCCGCGAAUUUAAAUAAUAAAAUAAAAGUGAAGUUGAGAGAAUAAAAGUUGAGGAGAAGAAUCCCAGUAAACAUGCAAGGAUCAUUUACGUAACAUUUAUAUAAAAUACUAUAAUAAACUUUUCCUACAUCUUCAAUAAAAGAGGAGAAUAUUACCAUAAUAUAUAUGUAUAGUCUACCACAUGAAGCAAAUCCAAAUCUUCGUACAUAAUCGCAAACUAUUUUUUUCUUGCUUUAUAUUAUAUAAAAUUAUAUUAUGUCAAAAUCAAAGUUAAAGUCAAAAUCAGAAUUGAGACUAGACAUUACUUGUUUAACGCCAAGGCAGCGGCGACGUAUUUAUUUUUAAAAAUUCCAUAAUAUUUGUCAAAUAACCCGUAAAUCAAAUGAUUUGGAAGUUCAAAAUGUCGCAAUAGAAUCAAAUAAGCCAGAUAACAUCGGACAAUUAUCUCAGCAGCAAAAUGUACUAAGGGAAAUUGAUUUCAAUCAUUCCAAUAUAAUAAACACUCACGAGUUUACUGAAAAUAAUGAUGAUUUAAUUUCUGUACAUUCGGAAAUUAGUAUUGAUAACAAUAGUCUUCAGUCAAGUAGUUCAAGUGGUAAAUUUUCAGAUAAAACAGAAAUCAUUAAUGACAUCCGAUUAUGGAUCAUUGAAAAUCAUGUAACUCAUUCUGCUGUAAGUAGUUUAUUGAAAAUUCUAAUAAAAUAUGGUCAUGAUCUUCCUACUGAUGCUCGAACUUUAUUUCAAACUCCUAAACAAGUAGACAUUAUUGAAAUGAUACCAGGAAAGUAUUAUCAUAUAGGUUUAGGUAAUAGUUUAAAAAACUCUAUUCAUAAGCAUUAUUCCCGAAGUACUUGUCCAUCACAAAUAAAUAUUAAUGUAAAUAUAGGUGGUCUUCCUUUAACAAAAUCUUCUAACAGUCAGUUUUGGCCCAUUUUAGCUAGUAUAGUUGCAGAUUUUUAUACUGAACCGUUUAUAAUCGGCGUCUACCAUGGUUUUCAAAAGCCAAAAUGUUGCAAUACUUUUCUUAAAUAUUUCAAGGAUGAUUGUCUUGAAGUUUUCCGAACUGGUAUUGUUGAAUAUGACAAAAAAAUAACUGUAAAAUUGAAUUUUUUUAUCUGCGAUGCUCCUGCAAAAUCAUUUAUCAAGGGAAUUAAAGGACAUAAUGCAUAUUUUGGAUGCGAUAAUUGUAUUCAAGAGGGAGAUUAUAUAAAAAAUUGAGUAACUUAUUCAGAAAUUAAUGCAAUAUUAAGAUCAGAUGAAUCAUUUAAAUUAAAACAACAAGAAGAACACCAUAAAAUGACUUCAAAUCUUGAAGAUUUAAACAUUGGAAUGGUUACUCAAUUUCCUUUAGACUACAUGCAUCUCGUACUAUUAGGAAUAAUGAAAAAAUUGUUACAGUUUUGGAUUAAAGGUAAACAUAAUGUUCGUAUGAAUGCAACGCAGAUUACUCUUAUUUCUUCUUUAUUAUCUAUGUCAUCAUUCCUACCCAAGGAAUUUGCUAGAAAGCCAAGGAAAUUAGAUGAAGUCGAUCGGUUUAAAGCCACUGAAUUAAGACAAUUAUUAUUAUAUACUGGGCCAGUAAUCUUUUUUAAAAAAUUAUCACACGAUAAAUACAUUCAUUUUUUGAGCCUGAGUGUAGCAAUUAGAAUUUUAUGUAGCAAAGAGUAUCGUGUACAACUGCUUGAUUAUGCACACAGUUUAUUAUUGUAUUUUGUUGAAAAUUGUGGUACAUUAUAUGGUCGUCAACAUAUAUCAUGUAACGUGCAUAAUUUAGUCCAUCUGUGCUACUAUGUAAAAUUAGGAGGAGUGUUAGAUAAAUUUAGCGCGUUUAAAUUCGAAAAUUACAUGCAAAAAAUUAAAUCAAAGAUGAAAUCUUCAAGUCGGCCAUUAGAACAAUUAGUCAACCGUUGUAUAGAAGAAGAUAAUUUGAAUAUAAUAAAUGUAGAAAAGAUUUAUCCAAUACUAAAAUUUCGUAUUAUAAAUGGUAAAAAGAAAAUAAAAUCUGUUCAAUGCAAAGAUUUUUAUCUUAGUACAAAAUCUGCUGAUAAUUGUUGUUCUUUGUUAAAUGGUACAACAAUUUUGCUUACGAAAAUUUAUUUACAAAAUGAACAAAUUUAUGUUACUGGUAAAAAAUAUUUGACUGUUAAAUCAUAUUUUCACAUUCCAUGCGACUCCUUAAAUAUAGGAAUUAAACAAAUUAACGAGUUACAAUAUAACUUAAUUACUGUUCCAUUGUCCGAUAUUAAAUCAAAAUGUGUAAAAUUGCCUUUAUGUAACGAAGAAGCUGUGAUAUUGCCUUUACUGCACCAACAAGAAAUUUUAUGAUUAUUAAUCAUGACGAAAAAUUUCGCUGUAGUCAUUUUUUCAAGCGAUGGAAAUAACGAUGAAGAGAUAGUAUCAGAAGUACCCUCUUUAUGGCUUUCCUCCAAUUUAACAGAAUGCUGGUGGCCAUCAGUCAAAAAUAUAAAUACUUUCAUUACAAAAUAGACUCCACCUCUUUUUAAUGAUCCUAAGUGGUCACUUCAUCCCAUUAAAUUUCAUGGAUAUUAUGAUUCAUUAGAUCAGGCUAGGCAGAAAGCAACGAAUUAUUUUUCAAGUGAUGAUAGCAAUAUAAGUAAAAAAGAAAAGAAGAAGUCACGUACAUUAUGCAAUAAAAAACAGUUGUCAAAUAUUGAUUCUGAAUCUAAAUCUGAAUCUGAUUUUAGUAGUGGUAUACCAAACUCACCAGAUUUUGAUACUAUUAUAUCAAACUCAUCAAAUAAAAAUGUCCCAAUCAACGAUAUCUCAAAUAUUUUGAAUUCAACAGAACAUGUUGACUUGAACAUCCUUGAAGGAGCAAUAGUAUCGCACAAAAGUAUACAAGACUUACAUACAUUAAUAACAGAAAUGUUAAAUAAAAUGGAAGAUAAUUUUCAAAAAAUAUAUACAGCUAUAACUACUGUUUCAUUAGGAAUACAAGAUCUGAAUGCUCGUUUAAUAUAAAUAGAAAAACGAAAUAAUCAACAUCAGCCUGAAGCACCUACUUUAGAUAUAGGUAUCAAAUAUUCAACGAUAUUUCCCGUUUAAAAGUAUUGAUGAAGUUGUAGCUUUUGAAAACAGUUUAUCACAAAAUCCAGAUGAGUACAACAAAUUUAUACUGUAUAUAUCUCGCAUAGGCGGAAGGUCCGCUAAGGAAAAUUUAAUUCGUAUAUACCGAACUUUAUUUUCCAAUGAAGUUGCCAAACAAUCAUCUUGGAAAGGAUUACGAAAUCAUUUUAAAAUCAGUACCUUAAACAUUAUAUUAAUGGGAAUACAAGCAACAAUUUCAGGACAACAUCAAUUCACAAACAAAGAAUUUGAGGAUAUUACAAAAGAAUGGUUUCGCCAAGGUGGCCAGAGGCUUAGCAGACAACAAAAAGACGAAGAAAUAAAUCCACAAACCGUUUAAAUAUUUGAGAAGAGUUUAUGAUUAAGUAUUUUUAUUAUGUAAUCUUCUCCUUAUAUUGCUUUAUGUUAGAUAUUUUAUUCAAACAUUUAUUUUUA